CUCUCUCUCUCUCUCUCUCUCUCUACUCGGUCUGCACUUGCCGCUUCCUUCUAACCUCCAUUCUCAGCGUCCAAAUUUGGAGAUGCGUCACGAGAUCCCUAAUUGAUGUCCUUCUUCUACUCAUUCUCCUCUUCGGUCUCUGUUGUCGGUUGCAGGUCGCCUGUUCGCUUGUUCAUCGAUUUCUAGUUAGCUGGUUCGAACUUCUGGUUGGUUUGAGCAGAUUCUUUUUCGCAAUUGCUAGGGUUUGCUUCCUAACCUUCUCUUGCCAGUUAGCUCCCGGAUGAAUUGAGCUAUCUAUCGUAUAUUUCCUUCCGAAAUUUUGGUUCUUUUUGUCGAUUAUGGGUGUGUCUCAAUGAAGCAGUUGCUCUAAACCAAAAUUUUAGAGCUUGCAUACUGAUGGACGAAAAUAGGGAAUUUUGGACGUUGGAUCGUUUCUCUUAAGUUGCAAAAAAAGGAUUUUUUUUUUCUUUCGCUUUUCUAAAAUUGGUGGAGCUAAAGAUUUGUUGGACAUUAUGUUAGAUAUGUUCUGAUUUUCUGCUGUAAAUUGGGUAGAGAUGACUGCUGACCUGAUUUGAUGAGGUUUAAAGAGGGAAGUAGAAAUGGAGGAAGGCAAUAGUAAAUCGGAUUUAAAAUCAUUGCGGAAGCUUGGAGUCAGAACGACGGGAAAUUUGAAGCCUUCUGUGUCAGGGAGGUUUAGUCCUAGGAAUUCUCCUCUCAAUGGAAGGUUGCAUUCUAGUAGAACCCGAAGGGAGAACAAGGCCACCUCUGUCAAGUGGCUUUUUUGGCGGAGCAAUCUUGUAGUGCUAUGGUUGAUGCUUGUAAUUUUUUGGGCUUACAUUGGUUUCCAUGUGCAAUCAAAGUGGGCUCAUGGUGACCAUAGAAAGGAAGAACUCAUUGGUUAUCAGAGCAAGGCAGGUAGUUCUGGCAAAUUAGCUGGAAAUUCAAUCACUUGGAAUCAGGAUUUUGUAACAGAGAAUGGAAAGAACUUAACAUUGAUUAAGAUUGGUGAUACUCAGACAAAGAAAGCAAAAGAGGUCCCAACAAAAGCUAAUACUACCAAGAUUAAGAUCGGUGAUACUCAGACAAAGAAAGUAAAAGAGGUCCCAACAAAAGCUAAUACUACCAAGAAGCGCAGUAGGAGAUCAGAACGGAGACUGCAAAGAGCUUCAGCCAAGUUGAAGGGCAUGGCUUUGGAGAAUAAAACUGGCGAGAUAGAGGAAGGGAUGAUACCAAGAAGAAAUACUUCAUAUGGAUUGAUCGUGGGACCAUUUGGUAAGGCAGAGGACAACAUUCUGGGGUGGAAUGGUGAGAAAAUGUGGGGCACUUGUGAUAGGAAAAAUGAAUUUGCUCAUAUUGUUCGGUCACAGUCGUUUGUGUUGGUUCUUCAUGAACUUUCAAUGACAGGAGCUCCGCUUUCAAUGAUGGAACUAGCAUCUGAGAUCCUGAGUUGUGGGGGUACUGUCUUUGCGGUAGUCCUAAGCAGAAAAGGUGGGCUGCUGACAGAACUCGAUAAAAGAGGGAUUAAAGUAGUUAAAGACAGGGCGCAGAUUAGCUUCAAGACUGCCAUGAAAGCAGAUGUUAUUAUAGCUGGAUCAGCUGUCUGUUCAUCCUGGAUAGAGCAAUAUCUGGCACAUUUCCCAGGUGGCUCAAAUCAAAUAGUUUGGUGGAUCAUGGAGAAUCGACGAGAAUACUUUGGCCGAUCAAAGGAUAUGCUUAGCCAAGUGAAAAUGAUAGUUUUCUUGUCUGAGUCACAAUCUAAGCAGUGGUUAUCAUGGUGCGAAGAAGAGAAGAUUCAUCUCAAAUUGCAACCAAUGAUAGUUCCUCUCUCUGUGAACGAUGAAUUAGCUUUCAUAGCUGGUAUUCCAUCCUCCCUGAACACUCCAGCUUUUAGUGCAGAAAACAUGCUUAUGAAGAGGAAUAUGCUAAGAGCUUCUGUUAGGAAAGAGAUGGGCUUGAGUGAUAAUGACAUGCUUGUUAUGUCUCUCAGUAGCAUAAACCCUACCAAAGGUCAGCGCUUGUUUCUAGAAUCAGCUCUUUUGGUGGCUGAACAUAAUGCUUCUUUGAAAGCAUUUCCAAAAGAUGAAUCACUUGUGGUAAAGUUUCCAGAAGUUGCUCACCGAAACACAGAUAUUCAGCUUAAUUCUAGUAGCAUCUCAAUGCCAACUAACCAGGAUAUUGUUCUGAAGAGUAACAUUAGCAGUAUGACUACUAGGAAGAGGAGAAAACAUUCAAAAUCGGCCACUGUUCUUUCUUUGAGAAAUGAUAUUUCUAAGAGUAUCACCAGAGCAGAUGGCCAAAAAUUAAGGAAUCUGCUGGCAGAAACCAAGGACAAAGUAGAGCAGAACCUUAAAGUUCUUAUAGGCUCACUUGGAUCCAAGAGCAACAAAGUGCUUUACAUAAAAGCUAUCCUUAAAUUGUUAUCUCAACAUUCAAACCUGACGAAACAAGUAUUAUGGACCCCAGCAACUACACGCGUUGCGUCACUCUAUGCUGCAGCAGAUGUAUACGUGAUAAAUGCACAGGGGCUUGGAGAAACAUUUGGAAGGGUUACAAUUGAAGCUAUGGCUUUUGGCCUGCCGGUGCUUGGAACUUAUGCAGGAGGGACCAGGGAGAUUGUUGAGCAUGAAGUUACCGGUCUUCUCCAUCCUGUUGGGAGAGAAGGAAUACAAGUUCUGGCCCAGAACAUUCAGUAUCUGCUGAGCAACCCAUCAAUGAAAGAAAAAAUGGGAAUUCUCGGAAGGAGAAAGGUGCAAGAGAAAUACCUGAAGAAUCACAUGUACAAGAGUUUUGCUAAGGUUCUCAUCAAGUGCAACAAAAUCAAAUAGCAAAGCUGUUCAACUACUACACAUUUUGCAACUAGAGAUCUUUUCAAUCGAUUAAUUAGACAUUUUUUCCAUUUGCAAUUAACUUGUUAACAACCACGUGUUGAUUGAUUAUUAUUUUUUUUUUUGUACUCAAGUAGAAUGCUCAAUUAUAUAUU